AUGGAAGGCGAUGAGCGACCAUUUAAUAAUAAUGGUGAUUUUGCCGAAUUACUCCAGGGCCUUGUACGCGUGGUAGCUAAUAUACAGGAGGAACAAAAACAAAACAGGAACCAACCAAUCAGUCAAAAUGAAACAAAUAGAGCUACACCGUCUUCAGGAAAUAAUUCAUUUAAUAUCCCACCGCCAUUGUAUUAUGGAAAAGAAGGUGAAAACAUAGUUACUUGGCUAUUCCAGGUUGAAGAACUGUAUCAUGCAAAAAAAGUGGUCGGUGACGAUCAGCUCUAUUAUGCGUCCACAUUAUUACGAGAUGCUGCUCUGCAAUGGUAUCAUAAUGAGCGAAAAGAAAUAGAUGAUUGCAUCAAACAACCGAUAUCGAGCUUUUUGGAAUUCAAACAGCGUAUUCGACUAGCAUUUGAGCCUCCACAUCAUCAACAACUACUUCGACGACAGCUCCGGAUGCUGAAACAAACAACAACUGCACAACAAUAUAUAUAUGAAUUUCGUAAUAUUCUCGGUCAGAUUGAUGCUAUGGUGGAAGCUGAUAAAGUUACAUACUUUAUCGAUGGUUUAAGAGGGCGGACCAAAGCUGAAGUGAGUUACAAGGCUCCAGCAACCCUAGCUGAAGCAAUUACCAUUGCUAUUACGUAUGACACAGCAUAUUUUUCAACAACAUCAGUAACAAAUAGACGAUUAUUCCAAAAUUCAGCAACAUUUCGACAAACAGCAUAUGAAACGACAAAUGAUUCAACAAUAAAUAAUGUUCUAGGUCGAGAUAUAUCGAAAGAUGAAUGUAGACGUUUAGGAUUAUGUUUUUAUUGCAAAGGAAAAGAUGUGUCGAGGAUCGCAGCUACCAGAACACCAUUAGAACAAUCCUCAACAUUCGAAUCAGUGUAUUUGAAGAAAUAUUCAACACAAAAGAAUGAUGAACGAUUAAAUGUAACAACAGGAAAAGGCGAUAUGAGUGAAAUGAAAAUACAUUUUAAUAAUAAUGAAACAGUACAGGAUCAAAUAUUUCCUUCAACAUUAAUUGAUGAUAAAGUUGAAUCAUCAACAGACGAUUCUAUGUUGAAGAUGCUAAAUAAAAUUGAAUGUGCUGGUGCUCGAUUAAUCAUAUUCAAUGACACAAUUAAUGGAAAAAACGCACGGAUAUUAUUAGAUUGUGGUGCCACACAUGAAUUUAUUUCCGAUGAGUUUGUUAAGAAACAUGGUAUUGAAACAGAUGUAGUUCAUAGAAUAUCAGUCAGUGUAGCGGAUGGUAGAGCGUCAGAGACAACAAGAGCUACAACAACAUUUGAUUUACAGAUUGAUAAGUUUAAAGAUAAAAUAUGGGGUUAUAUGGUUCCAUUAGGAGGCCACUAUGAUUUUAUUUUAGGUAGAUCAUGGCUGUUCAAACAUAAUCCAUCGGUUAACUGGCAAACGGGAGUGCUAAUAAUUAAAAAAGACGAUCAAAGAAUCAUUAUUAGAUCAACAACAACAAUGAAUGAUGGUAACAAUAGUGAAAACUUUCUGAUCGGUGCAUCUGCGCUAGCAAGAUGUGCCGAAAUAUUUCUUAUAAAAGUUUCAUUUGAUUCUGUCGCCGCCACCACCUGUACAACACCCGACGACAAUGACGGUGUCCCGGCCAGAGUCGUUCAAAAUCAAGUAGAUAAUCUAUUGAAGAAUUAUAAAGAUGUAUUUCCAGAUAAGUUACCCGGUUUACCUCCGGAACGUGACGUCGAUCAUGAAAUCAAAAUAACAUCUGACGCUAAUCCACAGUCACAACAACCGUAUCGUAUGUCUCCACUGGAACUCGACGAAUUGAAGAGACAGUUGGCAAUAUUGAUUGAUAAAGGGUACAUUCGCCCAAGCAAAUCGCCAUGGGGCGCUCCAGUUCUAUUUGCCAAAAAAAAGGAUGGUAGUUUACGUAUGUGUGUGGAUUACCGAGCAUUAAAUAAAGUAACGAUCAAGAAUAAAUAUCCGCUUCCAAGAAUUGAUGAACUACUAGACAGAUCAGGUGGUGCAAAAGUAUUUUCAAGGAUUGAUCUUCGAAGUGGCUAUCAUCAAAUUCGCGUUAAAUCAGAAGAUAUUGAAAAAACGGCAUUCAGAACAAGAUAUGGACAUUUCGAAUUUGUUGUCAUGCCAUUCGGAUUGACGAAUGCUCUGCCGACAUUCAUGAAAUUGAUGAAUAGCAUAUUCUAUGAACAUCUAGAUAGUUUUAUUAUUGUAUUUAUUGAUGACAUUCUAAUAUUCAGUAAGAAUGAAGAAGAACAUUUGAAGCAUCUUCAAACAACAUUAGAUAUUCUACGUAAAAAUAAUUUGUAUGCUAAAGCUGAUAAAUGUGAAUUUCUAUGUCCUCAAUUAGAAUUUCUUGGUCAUAUUGUUUCCAGAGACGGUAUUUCUGUUGGUGAUAAAAAGAUUGAAGCAAUAAGAAAGUAUCCUCGCCCAACAUGUGUUAGCGAUAUUAGAUCAUUUAUUGGCUUAGCAGGAUUUUAUCGUAGAUUUAUUGCUGCAUUUUCUCAACUAGCAGCUCCGUUAACUGAUCUGGAAAAGGCUGAUCGUGAUUUUAAGUGGACGUCUAUCGAAGAACAAUCAUUUUUACAAAUA